UCACGUCCUGCGCUCGCCUUUCGUUCCUCUCACUGCCCUCCCUAACACACACCAUGACAGAGUUUAAGAAAGUUCUACUGCACAAUUUUUUUUAAGUCUCUGUGUUUCAUGACUUGGGAGUUUGUGUUAAACAGCAGGGUUAGCCAGAGAGCCCGCCGCAGCUUUCCUUGCGGGAGGGCCUAGAGGGGGCCUACAAUUCCCAUGUGGCUCCGCGUAUGCGCCGAGAGGACUACAACUUCCAUAAGGUAGUGCGGGCUGACGGGGCUGUCCGCGGCGGUGCCUGCAGGACCCCAGGGCAGGCGCGGGAUGCCCGGUGCAGGGCCCGAAGGACCUCGGCGACUACCCAUGCCGAGGUGAGUCCGCUGGAGUUGCCUCCACCGCUGUCCGGUCUCGUCCCCGCUGCCGCCCUGCGCGGCUUUGCCGCCGGCCAGGAUGCUGGAGGAAGCGGGCGAGGUGCUGGAGAACAUGCUGAAGGCGUCAUGCCUGCCGCUUGGCUUCAUCGUUUUCCUGCCCGCCGUGCUGCUGCUGGUGGCGCCGCCGCUGCCCGCCGCAGACGCGGCGCACGAAUUCACCGUGUACCGCAUGCAGCAGUACGACCUGCAGGGCCAGCCCUACGGCACGCGGAAUGCAGUGCUCAACACAGAGGCGCGCACAAUAGAUGCAGAUGUGCUGAGCCGCCGCUGCGUCCUCAUGAGGCUGGUGGACUUCUCCUAUGAGCAGUACCAGAAGGCCCUGCGGCAGUCGGCAGGUGCCGUGGUCAUCAUCCUGCCACGGGCCAUGGCUGCUGUGCCCCAGGAUGUCGUCCGGCAAUUCAUGGAGAUUGAGCCGGAGAUGCUGGCCAUGGAGACCAUAGUCCCUGUGUACUUUGCUGUGGAGGACGAGGCUCUGCUCUCCAUUUAUGAGCAGACCCAGGCCGCCUCUGCCUCCCAGGGCUCUGCCUCUGCUGCUGAAGUGCUACUGCACACGGCCACUGCCAACGGCUUCCAGAUGGUCACCAGUGGGGUCCAGAGCAAGGCUGUGAGUGACUGGCUGAUCACAAGUGUGGAGGGGCGGCUGACGGGGCUGGGUGGAGAGGACCUUCCUACCAUCGUCAUCGUGGCCCACUAUGACGCCUUCGGAGUGGCCCCCUGGCUGUCGCUGGGUGCGGACUCCAAUGGGAGUGGUGUCUCUGUGCUGCUGGAGCUGGCCCGACUCUUCUCCAGGCUCUACACCUACAAGCGCACCCAUGCGGCGUACAACCUCCUGUUCUUUGCUUCUGGAGGGGGCAAAUUCAACUACCAGGGCACUAAGCGCUGGCUAGAAGACAACCUGGACCACACAGACUCCAGCUUACUACAGGACAAUGUGGCCUUCGUCUUGUGCCUGGACACACUGGGCCGUGGGGAUAGCCUGCACCUGCAUGUGUCCAAGCCGCCUCGUGAGGGCACCCUACAGCAUGCCUUCCUGCGGGAGCUCCAGGCAGUGGCUGCACACCAGUUUCCGGAGGUACGGUUCUCCAUGGUGCACAAGAAGAUCAACCUGGCAGAGGAUGUGCUGGCCUGGGAGCAUGAGCGCUUUGCCAUCCGCCGGCUGCCUGCUUUUACCCUGUCCCACCUGGAGAGCCAUCGUGAUGGCCAGCGCAGCAGCAUCAUGGAUGUGCGGUCCCGAGUGGAUUCUAAAACCCUGACCCGCAACACACGGAUCAUCGCAGAGGCCUUGACGCGUGUCAUCUAUAAUCUGACAGAGAAGGGGACCCCCCCAGAUAUGCCAGUGUUCACGGAGCAGAUGCAGAUCCAGCAGGAACAGCUGGACUCGGUCAUGGACUGGCUCACCAACCAGCCACGGGCCGCCCAGCUGCUGGACAAGGAUAGCACCUUCCUCAGCACCCUGGAACACUACCUGAGCCGCUACCUGAAGGAUGUGAGGCAGCACCAUGUCAAAGCAGACAAGCGGGACCCAGAGUUCGUCUUCUAUGACCAGCUGAAGCAGGUGAUGAACGCAUACAGAGUCAAGCCAGCCAUUUUUGACCUGCUUCUGGCUGUCUGCAUUGGCGCCUACCUCGGGAUGGCCUACACGGCAGUGCAGCACUUUGGCCUCCUCUACAAGACAGUACAGAGAUUGCUCGUGAAGGCCAAGGCACAGUGAUACAGCCACCUACAGCCCCUACCUACCUGCCUGCGCCCCUCUUUGCUGCCCCCCCAGCCAACGGGCCCACGCACGAGUGAGUGGACGCUUCCCUGCCACCUCUACCAACCCCGGGUGGCCCUGGUGGGACAGGCCCCAUCCUCCCCACUCUGGGGAGACGCUGAAUUACAGAGACUGUCUGUGUUGCUCUCUAGGACUGGGGGGAGUCUUUCUUUUUCUCUUGUCUUUGAACUUCCUUGGAGGAGAACCUGAUAGAGGUCCUCGGGCCAGGAAAUGGACUUAAGAAUGAGCCGUGGAUGAGCCCCAGGCCCGGGCGCACAUGUGCACAAUUGCAGAGGACCUGCCGGGACCUGCCCCUCCCCACUGCAGCCUCAGUCGUCCCUCCUGCCCAUGAGAAUGGACAUGGGGUUGGGUCUGGACCUGUCUUCCCUGACCUUGUGUGCUCUGGUGACUGGGAUGACAGCUAUUUCUCUCUGCUCUCUUGUAUAAGGGCAGUACCAGCCUCUGGUUCCUGGAUUCCGGCCUACCCCCAGACCAACUGUCCAGGAGGCUGUACCUCCUGGCCAUUGGGUCUGACAACAGCAAACGUAAUUGUUGCGCAGCCUCUGUCCCUCCCUGCCAGCCCAAGGAGGUGUCUGGGCCUGGACCCAGACGCUGAGCCAGUUCCUGGCGUGUUUUAAUUUGGUGCGUGACCCCAGGCUUUCCAUGCUUCCCCAUGACCUGUGUGUCUGCUGUGGGGGUCUGGGUGCUGGGAUUCCAGGGGCAGGAGGCAGCCCUGGAGGAGAGGGGAGGGGGCUUCGGCUCUGGGCCUCAGCGUCCUGCCUGUAAAGAGGAGGACAUGUUCUAAGGGCAUCUGUGCCUCCGCAUGUUCCUUGUGUGCCCUGGGAGCCGUUGACCCUACAAACCAGGUGCCACGUGGGGUGUGAGCCCCUCAAGAGGGUUGGAGGAGGAGGUUGGAACUGACCUCAGGGAGACCAAGGUGUGUUUGUUCAUUAGCAAUAUAAUCCAUGACAUGUUUGCAGGGGAGGCUUGGUGGGAGAAGAAUGGGAGGGUUCUGGCCUGGUACCUGCUGAGGUCUUCCCAUGGCUACCUGGGAGAUGUUUGAUCCUAGUGGGCAUGAGCCAGCCCAUCAGAGCGGAGGAACCUGGUGGGUAGGACCUGGGGGUCUGUGGCUUCAGCCAUCACUUCUUGGCCCAGCAUCUCUGUCCCUGGAUACAGCCCCGGCUGCCCCCCUUAAACCUGUGGCUUGGAGUGGUAAGGGGAUGGCCUGACCCCAACCUGUUCCCUCCUGUCCACUGUGCUGGGUACCCCCUUCCCUCAGACACUGUCCACUGGGGGCCCUGUCAGCCUGGCUCACCACUGACACUUGUGCUCAGGCCACCGCCCCAUCAAUGUGGCAGAUCAGAUGUACUGUAGUGCUGGCCGGCAGUUUUCUGUCUGGGUAUCCCUGAGCUGCUCAGGUGGAUCAGAAUGGACAGGCUGGCUGGCUGGAGCUCAGGCUGGUUGUGGGACGCAGCUGGCCCAUGAGAAAUAAAGCCAUAUUGAAUGAUU